AUGGCAGGGGAUUCCUUUGGUCAGUCAGGUACGGCGGUUCGUUUGCUGUGGCAUUCCCGAGAAAUCUCCCAGCUGCCCCAAUGGAACCUGGAAACAUCGAGAGCCAUGAGCUUGAAAGAGUUAAGAGUCUGCCUACCUGGUGUUGCUGCCACAAGCCCGGCGGAGGUCGGCGAACCGGUGGCCCUGCGAACCCACCGGAACUUGAAGGUCUGGCAGACUCUCGUUGUGACUUGCGAAUGCCUACCUUACCCUACGUCAGAGGGGAGCGGGAAAGCAACCAGAGAGCCUGAUGCUGGUGAGAGAUGGAGAAAUUCCCGCAGCAAUGAAGACAGACGUACAACAGAUAAACAGACGGGCUGCAACUGGGGCCUCGAGCGAUCAGGCGUGGAUUCCCCACACCGGGAUGCCUGUGAUGACCCUGCCGUGUUCCCGGCAUCCAUGGAGACAAGCUUUUUCUGUUGCUCGCUUGGCGCCGUUCUCUCUACCACUAGCAGAGCAACCGCGACCGCCGAUGCCACCUCACGAUUCACCACCAAAGAGUGCCCAGACGUGAUGACACCGCCAAGUACCGCGACCUGUGAAGAUACUUUCUUGUCGCCUUUCAUCGUCAAGCUGCUACCUACAGAUACCUCAAGUACAUGCCUGGCUAAGAUCCAAUGGGAAACACCUUCCCAUCACCAUUGGCUAUUUCCUUCCUCGCCCGCCCUCCUCAUUAAUCCCUCCCUUCCCGACUUACCUUACCUUACCUUCCUCUUCGCCGUCCUACUUCUCUCAUCUGUCCACCAGCUCAAUACUCGACGAUCUCAUAAUCAGUCAAUUCCUUCCCCAAUUGAUUCUCGUUUCCUCUCACAAAGCCGGCCUCCCCUAGUCGCUGCGAUCGAGCCACCAGGUCCUUUUCCCCACCUCACUCUCAUCGUCCGACUCUCAAAUCUGCUGCCAAAAAAUUGUUCUGGAUUGUCAAUUGGGCUUUGCGACGUUACCUACGAGCUUCGCCCAGCAUCCGACAAAUACAUCAUGAAGAAAAACAACAUGUGGAUAUCGUCUCUAGACGCCAACGCCGGAUACCCCGGGAAUGACGAUGGGCGCAUCCAACAUCACUCAUCGCAAACAGUCGCCGCGAGCUUUCCUCUCAUACUUAUUACUCACUCGCCCGUCAUCAUUGCUCUCUAUUUGGCUUUUCGAUUUUUGCUACUCUUCUUCUUUGCCUCAUCAAUCCUCUUGUUCCAAUUUGCUGACCAGUCUCUUCUUCCUCGUACAGCCGACUCUUCACUCAACUCACCUUCCGUCAAAAUGCCUGCCGUCAACACCCUCGUCGCCCGCGACGCCGUUCACCAGCUCGCCAAGCGCCAGAACUGGGCCCAGCAGGAGGCCGGUGUUGUCGUCGUCUUCUGCAUCAUUUUCAUUGUCGCUCUCGGUGUCUCUGGUCUCAUGAUCUCCAAGUGCCUCGCCAGGCGCAAGGCAGAGAGACAAGCCAAGGAGGGCCAGAAAGAGGGGAGCGGAGCUGGGAAAAAAGUCGACUCUCUUGGUCACUUAUACACCUACGACACGGUGAAGUUCGACGAGAGAGUCGCGACUGGCUACAUGGAAAGGAGCCAAUACCAUCUGUCGACAGCAACCAUGUUCACACCAUACACACCCACACCGAACGAAUCACUCACUUCCUACCGAAUGCCGGUUUCGAUUCUCGACACUUCGUCAUAUAUCACGACUACACGGGGGUUAAUGCGCCAGGAGGCGGCUUUCAAUCGUCUCUCGACCAUCGUUGACAUCUCAAAAUUGGGUCUGGUUGUAAUCCGCCCUUCUCUCCAUCUCCAUUUUCCGUUUGAGAGAACCUGUCCCAAUCCCGUUGAUUUCAUCUUUACCAACACCCCCGUCACAGGAAAUCAGACCGAAAAAGAACUUGGCACCGAUCGCGCCGUGUCCCUGAUGCAUGCAGCCACACGUGGGACUUUUGAGACAAGACGCCUCUUUUGUAUCUUGGUGCUCAUUGCUUACCUACCAGUACGGAGACAUACCAGAGGCGCAUUCAUGCAAUCACAAACCCGAGAUACUAAAUCCUUAUCCCGGACCGGGUUAACGAGCCUGGAGUUCAUCCGUGAUGACGGCCUCACCUUUCCCCGGGUCGUCUACUGUUUAAUGGGUUUACAUGUUCCUAUUGCGCGGUUCCGAGCAAAGACCAAGCCCGGCAUAUCAGACCACAGCCUCCAACAAUAUCCAGAAGUGGUAAUCAGAUCCCACGAUACCCUCGCAAUGGACCCACAACCACCGCCCCCGAGGCCCGACAGCCCUCCGCGCCGGCUCCGCGCAUGCGCGCCGUGCACCCGGGCCAAGGCCCGCUGUAACUUCCGCGAGGAGAACGCCCGUCGGCACCUCUGCGACCGGUACGUGCUUCCACUGGCUCGAGAGGGCGAAGAAGAGUUAUGGCAUUCUCGGCUCAAGAUUGACUGCUCGGCCAAGACGAGGGGUAUCAGGAGGACGCGGCAGAUCAAACCUCUGGUCAACCGCGUCGCAACACUAGAACAACAAAUAGCCCAUCUCGUAACACCAGAAAAGUCCCCAGUAGCCUCGACACCCUCGGCAGAGACCUCAGGCUCAACUCCCUCAACCUCCUCGCCUCCCUCUCACCCAGACUCAAACCCACACUCCCACCCAGCACCCCUAAUCCAAAGACGCCAACCAGGCCCCGUAACCCAAAACCCCCCCUCCUACUCCCACUCCUCUUCCUCCUCCCCCUCCUCCUCAUCCUUGAUCGUAGCAACAUCGACGACGACAAAACCACCCCUGGGCCUGACCUGGUCCCAAGCAUCCAACGUCCUCGCCGACUUCCGCGCAAACUUUGUGCCCAACUUCCCCUUCAUCCAGGUCGAAGGGCCCUCGGUAGACCCGGGCUCGGGGUCCCCGCAGCGGCUCGCGCGCGAGAAGCCGUUCCUGUUCCGCGCCGUCAUGCUCGCCGCCGCGCCGGCGGGGAAGACGAGGGCCGAGGCGAUGCACCGCGAGUUGUUGGCCGAGAUGGGGGCGCGGAUGAUGCUCGAGGAGGAAGGCGGUAACGGCCCCGUCACCUUUUCACCGACUUACAUCACGUUCCUCGCCGGCGUCUACUGGGCGGAAUGUAGAUACUGGUUCGACAAACAAAUCACCCGCCUCGUCUACACGGCCCUGGGCUACGCCCACAGCCUAGGCAUCACCAAACCCCCGCGCUCCCUCCUCCAACCUUCGCCCUGCCACCCCGGAGGUUCUCAACAACAACAACACUCAUACCCGCACCCCUACCAACAACAGUGGCAGCAGCAGCAUCAACAACAACAAGAACCAGAAGACUGCUUCACCAACAAGGCAGCCCUCAGCGCGACGGAGCACCACACCCUCGAGGAGCAGCGCACCUUUCUCGGCCUCUUUUGCGUCGUCUCGUCCAACUGCGCGCAGUUCGCCCGCAAGCAGAAUCCCCUCCUGCACUGUCUCGGCUCGAACGGGCCCGGAAGUGGGUCAUUUCCUUCGUCUUCUCAGGGGCAGCAGCAACGGACGGGCCUCGGGUAUCUAGAUAUCUGCUACGAGAACCUAGCCGCGUCAGGGAGCCUGGAGGACCGGAUGGCGGCGAGGAUGUUCAAGAUGGCCGCCGUCUCUGCGCGCCUCACUGAUGGGUUCGGUCCCGUGAUGGAUUGUGAACGCGGAACGGGAAGGGGAAUGGGCGAAGGGUUCGAGGAGGAGGUGGGAAGACUCCGGGCGCAAGUGGAUGAUGUCUUGGAGGGUCUUGAUCCGCGGGAUCCUUAUUACGCAUACCUCAACCUGCAGCACAAAGCCCUCCUAGUCCAACUCUACGAGCCAGCAACAAAACACCCAUUUCCCUCCUCAUCAUCAUCUCCAUACCCCGCAGCUUUCCAAAACACCACCGCCGCCACCACCCUAAACCGCACAACCUACUUCCAAGCAGCCCUCUCCGAAGCAAAAGCCUACUUUGCCGCAACCCUCGCCCUGCCCCCAGAAGCCUACGUCUACCGCACCUCAGUCGGCAUGGGCCUAGCCCAAGGCGUCCUUGCCGUCACCACGCGACUGCUGAUCCUCCACGGCGUCCCGGGAUGGGACCUCCCCCGCGCCCGCGCGGACGUCAAAUUUGCAGAAAUCUGCGAGAACCUGGUCGCGUUUCUCGGAAGGGUGCUGCAGGUGGGCAGGGAGAGGAUGGGCCGGCUGAAGGAGGAGACGUGGGUCCGGGGAGUCGGUGGUGGGGGCAGUAGCUGUGGAAGGGCAUACAAUACCCUCGAAUUCGACUGGGAUGAUAUCAAUGGUGGAAGCGAGAUCGAUGCGAGGGGCUCCAUGUGCGAGGACUUGAUUGGCAAGAUGAGCUGGAUCAAGGGCUGGUAUGAGAGCCGUGUUCGAGCCGAGGACGGCGGCCUGACUACCGCUACCACUCCUGCCACCGCUGGCGGUGGCGUCGGGAAUGCAGAAGCGGCAAAUAAGGAGUUGAUGGAGGAGAUUGCGAGGAUCUGGCACUGGCCUGCGGACGCGGCGAGUAUGCCCAUGUUUGGGGGUUUGAUUAAUCCCUUUGAUAUCUGUUACGAUAGUAUUUGA